AUGGAGGAACAGUUUAUUGGACAAACGGGUGGCCAAGUUUUUUACAAGAUGAUGGAGAAGCACGGAGUAAAACACAUCUUCGGCCUCCCAACCGUGCCCGUCCUGCAGGCGCUUCGCGAAACGCCCAACCCGAGUGUCGAUGUAAUCCCCCCAAAACACGAACAGGGCGCCGGCCAUAUGGCAGAAGGCUACGCCCGGGCUUCAGGCAAGCCCGGCGUCGUCUUUGUUAAUUCGGGCCACGGCAUAACCAACAUGAUCACACCCAUCCAAGACGCCCUCUCUGACGGGACGCCUAUGGUUGUCUUUUUCGAGCGCGACUGGGCAAUGGGGAUGGACGACCCGGAUGCCAUCGGCAUCGCCCUGGCCUGCACCAAAUGGGCUGUCAUGAUCAAGACGAUCGAAGAGUUGCCGAGACGGAUAAACGAGGCCUUUGAGAUCGCGACAAGCGGCCGCCCAGGUCCUGUUCUCGUCGAUCUGCACAACUGCAGCCGUAGCAUCGUGAAGAAGGCCAUCCCUACGCGAUCUUCCCUCCCUGGCAUAUCCGGCGCGGCAUCCCGAGUCGCCCACCAGCUGACCCAGAACCAUCUCGACGCGACCCUCCAAAGAGUCGCGCAGAUGAUCAACAGGGCCGAGAGGCCCGUCAUCUACGCCGGGCAGGGUGUCAUUCUCUCCGAGGGAGGCCCGGAGCUCCUACGGGACCUAGCGAAGAGAUGCUCGAUCCCCGUCACGACAACUCUCCAGGGCCUCGGCGCGUUUGACGAGCUCGACGAGAAGGCGCUCCAUAUGCUCGGGAUGCACGGCACCGCGUACGCUAAUAUGGCUAUGCAGGAAGCAGACCUCAUCGUCGCCUUGGGCGCCAGGUUUGACGACCGGGUGACGAUGAACAUCGCUAAAUUCGCGCCCAAAGCCUACGCGGCCGAGAAGAAACGACGGCAGGGCGGCAUCGUUCACUUUGAAAUCGUUCCCAAGAACAUUAACAAGGUGAUCCAAGCCACGGAAGCCGUCGAGGGAGACGCCGCCACCAACCUCGCCCGCCUGCUGCCACAGCUCGAGCCUCGCACCAUGCAGAGCCGCGCGAAGUGGUUUGGCAUGAUCAACGUCUGGAAGAAGAAAUGGCCGCUCUCUGACUACGAGCGCACCCCUGGGCGCAUCAUGCCGCAGGAGCUCAUCGAGCAGCUCAGCACCAUUGUCGGCGGCCGCGAGGAGAAGACCUACAUCACCACGGGCGUGGGGCAGCAUCAGAUGUGGACGGCGCAGUAUUUCCGGUGGAGGCAUCCGAGGACCAUGAUUACGUCUGGCGGCCUGGGGACCAUGGGAUACGGCCUGCCCGCUGCCAUCGGAGCCAAGCUAGCCCAACCAGAAGCGCUGGUGAUCGAUAUCGAUGGGGAUGCCUCACUGAGCAUGACUAUCUCCGAAUUGCUGACAGCUGCGAGGUUUAAUAUCGGCAUCAAGGUUAUCCUUCUGAACAACGAGGAACAGGGCAUGGUCACGCAGCUCCAGAAUAUCUACUACGAAGAUCGUUACGCCCACACGCAUCAUUCAAACCCCGACUUCAUCAAGUUGGCCGAGUCCAUGCAUGUCCAGUGCCAAUCUGUCUCCGACCCUCGCGACUUGAGCAAGAGCCUUGAAUGGCUGGUAAACACGGAGGGACCGGCUCUGCUCGAGGUUAAAACAGAGAAAAAGGUCCCCGUGCUGCCCACAGUCCCCGCCGGCCGCGGUCUCCACGAGUUCAUCGCCUAUGACGAAGCACGGGUGAGGAAGCGCAGGGAACUCAUCCGAGAGCGGACCUGCGGCGUCCACGGCUGA